AUGGAACCCAGCUCCCCGUCCAGAAGCGUAUUGUCGCUACCGCCUAGCCCAGGUCUCGCAGAUGCCGAGCUUUCGGAUGCUAUCCCAAGCCCUCCUCCCUCUCCCAGCCCCCGUCGCGUGGUGCGUGCCCGUGACCGAUCCGAACUAGCCGCUGUCGAGACCACCCGCCUUACGAAGGUCCGGCGUACUAAGGGUGGCGGAAGCCGUGGCCGCUUUCGGGUCAAGGAUUUCACGUCCUUAAUCAGAAGGGUCCUGCUUGAUGCCAUUGGUCACUAUCGCACCCGGGUCUCGACCGAAUAUGCAUAUCCAGUCAAUGAUGAAGAUGAACAGUGGGCUGUCGAAGCAUGGUUGUGUGCCUGUCGUGACGCCGGUGUCGAUAUACCAAUGGAAGAUGCAUUCGUUGCAAUGAUAACGGCUCGGGCAUCGCAUGUGCGCGGUGAGUUGAAAACCAAAGCACGCAGUCUCGUGGAGCUUGUAUACGGCUUGCAAGCGCCAUCAGGUCAAGAUGAAAGGCUGAAGAACCGGAACAAGGUACGCGACCUGCUCACGCGACUGGCAUAUACAUAUGCGGAUUACGAAAACCGCUCCGGGAUCUACCAGAACGAAGUCAUUCAACGUCUGAUCAAUGCUACGUGGUUUGCGAACCCAAAGGAUGAGGGUAUCCGGUACCAACGUUACUUCGGAAAGCGUAUGCCGAUCCCGACCAUUGCACUGGUCCUUACAGCGAUCGAGAAUGUCCUAGAUGAAUGGCGGACGGGUGAGCGAGAGGAUAUCCAGUUUACCGCUAAGCUAUACCAGGCCAAGUAUGACCGGCACCUUUACGAGUUGGAGCGGUUCCAUGACAAGACGAAGAGGUAUAAGAUAAUUCCAUCAAUUCAAAGUGACCUCUUGAAUAGAGCGCGGUACGUUUUAAUGAUCAUGUGUCUGUGUCUACUUGAUGGCUCACUUGCUGUGUGA